CACACAGCAGCAGCAGCAGCAGCUUCCCAUAUUCUUCGAGCACGGUGUCCAACAGCAUGCAGAAGAUGGCCGGACUUGCCGUCCUCGUCUUGGUUGCGUUGCUCGCCGCCGCCACUGCUCAAGCCCAAGGGUCCUACGGCUAUGGCAAAUCUCCUGCUCCUGCAGCAAGCCCGCCGGAGAGCGCCCCCAUGCCGCCGCCGAGCUCAAGCCCACCAACCCAGACUCCUCCACCUCCGGCUUCUCCUCGGACAAGGCUGAGGUUCGACUUCUACAAGCGGUCGUGCCCUUACGCCGAGGAAAUCGUCAGGGAGGCCGUCAGGAACGCCAUCAACGUCAACCCCGGCCUCGGCGCCGGCCUCAUCCGCAUGGCCUUCCACGACUGCUUCGUCCAGGGCUGCGACGGCUCAGUGCUGCUCGACCCGACGCCGGCGAACCCACGGCCGGAGAAGCUCAGCCCGGCAAACUUCCCCAGCCUGCGUGGCUUCGACGUGGUGGACGCGGCCAAGGCGGCGCUCGAGAAGGCCUGCCCAGGCGUCGUCUCCUGCGCCGACGUCGUCCAGUUCGCCGCCCGCGACGCCGCCUUCUUCCUCAGCGGCUCCAAGAUCCACUACAGCCUCCCUGGGGGACGCUUGGACGGCCGCGUGUCCGUGGAGAACGAGACGUUCGCCUUCCUGCCGGGGCCGUCCUUCAACCUCUCCCGGCUCAUCCAGAGCUUCAAGGUCAAAGGCCUGAGCGUCGACGACCUCGUCGUGCUCUCCGGCGCCCACACCAUCGGCCUCUCCCACUGCUCCUCCUUCCUCACCGUCUCCACGCCGCCGUCCGACAUGAACCCUGGCCUCGCCGCCGUACUCAAGAAGCAGUGCCCGGCCAACCCCAACUUCACCAACGACCCCACGGUGGUGCAGGACGUCGUCACCCCCGACAAGCUCGACAACCAGUACUACUGGAACGUGCUGCGUCACAAGGUGCUGUUCAAAUCCGACGCGGCGCUGAUGGCGUCGACGCAGACGGCGAGGAUGGUGCUCGAGAACGCUGGCAUCCGAGGAAGGUUUGAGAGGAAGUUCGCCCGGGCGAUGCUCAAGAUGUCGUUCAUCGAGGUCAAGAACGCUGCCAACGGCGAGAUCAGGAAGAGCUGCCAUGUCGCCAACUAGCCAUUGCGACGGUAUCAGCACGGCGCGACUCUGAUACCUUUGCAGAGAUAUAUAUAGCGGCACCUUAUUGAUCUCUAUAUUUUCUUUUGUUGAAGCGAGUAUGUUGUUUCAUUCUUUCCUUAUUGUUUCAUUCUUCAUUCAGAUGAUCAGGGUUGGUUUUCUUAAUUCAAUUUUCCAGAUGUAUUUCACACAAAAAAAGAAGAAUAAAAUUUUCCACAAGAUGUACUCAUCGACUAGGGACAGAUGAUUGAACAAAGCUACGACUUGGUUUUUUUGGCUGAA